CACCUCUCCGCCUGUGCAACACACACUUUACACACGCACGGGGACUGCAAGCGGGCAGCAUCGAUCGUGGCUCCUUUAAGACAAACUCAGACAGACAUUUUUUUUUAACCCUCCUCUAAUCUCCCUCCAGUGCAGCAGUUGCAAAGAGGGAGAGAGAGAGAGAGAGAAAGAGAGCGAGCGAGAGAAGAGAGAAACUGAUUAGGAAUUAGGACUGAUUCAAGGGAAGCGAGCGCUAGGGCUUUGUGCAUUUGAAUAUUAACAUUUGAGGUGUUCUGACCAGAAGAAGACUGAGCGGAUGAUCAUUCAUUCACCACGUUGACAACCUCGCCUGUGAUUGACAGCCGGAGUGGCAGAAAGCCAUGAGAUUUGGUAGUUGGGUCUGAGGGGCGCUUUUUUUUUUUUAAACUGAUUUUUUGGGGAGAGAAGAUCUGCUUUUUUUUUGCCCCCGCUGCUGUCUUGGAAACGGAGCGCUUUUAUGCUCAGUGACUCGGGAGCUUUGCUUCAGGUCCCAUAGACCGAAGAUCUGGGACCAGUAGCUCACGUUGCUGGAGACGUUAAGGGAUUUUUCGUCGUGCUUUUUAUUUUUUUUUUUUCCGGGGGAGUUUACGUAUUUGUUUCUUUUCACACUGGCCUUAAAGAGGAUAUAUUAGAAGUUGAAGUAGGAAGGGAGCCAGGGAGGCCGAUGGCGCAAAGGUACGACGAUCUACCCCAUUAUGGGGGCAUGGAUGGAGUAGGCAUCCCCUCCACGAUGUAUGGGGACCCGCACGCGGCCAGGUCCAUGCAGCCCGUCCACCACCUGAACCACGGGCCUCCUCUGCACUCGCAUCAGUAUCCGCACACAGCUCACACCAACGCCAUGGCUCCCAGCAUGGGUUCCUCCGUCAAUGACGCUUUAAAGAGAGAUAAAGAUGCCAUUUAUGGACACCCCCUCUUCCCUCUGUUAGCACUGAUUUUUGAGAAAUGUGAAUUAGCUACUUGUACCCCCCGCGAGCCGGGGGUGGCGGGCGGGGACGUCUGCUCGUCAGAGUCAUUCAAUGAAGAUAUAGCCGUGUUCGCCAAACAGAUUCGCGCAGAAAAACCUCUAUUUUCUUCUAAUCCAGAACUGGAUAACUUGAUGAUUCAAGCCAUACAAGUAUUAAGGUUUCAUCUGUUGGAAUUAGAGAAGGUACACGAAUUAUGUGACAAUUUCUGCCACCGGUAUAUUAGCUGUUUGAAAGGGAAAAUGCCUAUCGAUUUGGUGAUAGACGAUAGAGAAGGAGGAUCAAAAUCAGACAGUGAAGAUAUAACGAGAUCAGCAAAUCUAACUGACCAGCCCUCUUGGAACAGAGAUCACGAUGACACGGCAUCUACCCGCUCAGGAGGAACCCCGGGCCCUUCCAGCGGGGGCCACACAUCACACAGUGGGGAUAACAGCAGUGAGCAAGGUGAUGGCUUGGACAACAGUGUAGCUUCCCCCAGCACAGGUGACGAUGAUGAUCCAGAUAAGGACAAAAAGCGUCACAAAAAGCGUGGCAUCUUUCCCAAAGUAGCCACAAAUAUCAUGAGGGCGUGGCUGUUCCAGCAUCUAACACACCCUUACCCUUCUGAAGAACAGAAAAAGCAGUUGGCACAAGACACAGGACUCACCAUCCUUCAAGUGAACAAUUGGUUUAUUAAUGCCCGGAGAAGAAUAGUGCAGCCCAUGAUAGACCAGUCCAACCGAGCAGUAAGUCAAGGAACACCUUAUAACCCCGAUGGACAGCCAAUGGGAGGUUUUGUUAUGGACGGUCAGCAACACAUGGGAAUCAGGGCACCAGGACCUAUGAGUGGAAUGGGCAUGAAUAUGGGCAUGGAGGGGCAGUGGCACUACAUGUAACCUUCAUCUAGUUAACCAAUCGCAAAGCAAGGGGGAAGGCUGCAAAGUAUGCCAGGGGAGUAUGUAGCCCGGGGUGGUCCAAUGGGGUGUGAGUAUGGG